CACUCCUCGCAGGGGAGGGACCGAGGGCCGGGCCUCGUUCUCUAGAAGUCGCAGCACUGGAUCCCAGAACUCAGUUCUCUGUGGCUUCUCUGUGUCCGAGCCUCCGCAGCGAGCUCCCUAGUGGCUCACAGCCCGGGCCGCUCUCCACGCGCCAAGUGCCUUCCCCGGCCAUGUCGUCCUGCAGCCGCGUGGCGCUGGUGACCGGGGCCAACAAAGGCAUCGGCUUCGCCAUCGCGCGCGACCUGUGCCGGCAAUUUUCGGGGGACGUGGUGCUCACGGCGCGGGACGCGGCGCGGGGCCGGGCGGCCGUGCAGCAGCUCCAGGCCGAGGGCCUGAGCCCCCGCUUCCACCUGCUGGACAUCGACGACCUGCAGAACAUCCGCGCCCUGCGCGACUUCCUGCGCAAGGAGUACGGGGGCCUCAACGUGCUGGUCAACAACGCGGGCAUCGCCUUCCAGCCUGAUGAUCCAACACCCUUUGACAUUCGAGCUGAGAUAACACUGAAGACAAACUUUUUUGCCACAAGGAAUGUCUGCAUAGAAUUACUGCCAAUAAUAAAACCUCAUGGCAGGGUGGUGAAUAUCAGCAGUUUAGAGGGCUCCAAAGCUCUUGAAAAUUGCAGCCCAGAUCUACAGAAGAAGUUCCGAUGCGAGACGCUCACAGAAGGGGACCUGGUGGACCUCAUGAAAAAGUUUGUGGAGGAUGCAAACAACGAAGUGCACGAGAGGGAAGGCUGGCCCAACUCGGCUUAUGGGGUGUCCAAGCUGGGGGUCACGGUCUUAUCAAGGAUCUUGGCCCGGCAUCUGGAUGAGAAGAGAAAAGCGGACAGGAUUCUGCUGAACGCAUGCUGCCCGGGGUGGGUAAAAACGGACCUGGGUGGGCCUUGCGGCCCCAGGACUGUGGAGGAGGGAGCUGAGACCCCUGUCUACUUGGCCCUCCUGCCUCCAGAUGCUACCGAGCCUCAUGGCCAACUGGUCCAUGACAAAGUCGUCCAAAACUGGUGAAUGUCUGCUUUGGUGCUUAAUGCUUAAUAAACGUUUGUGGAGUGAAUGAGUGAA